UUAUUCGUUAAUGUUUACAGCGUGUUUCCUAAAACUGAUUACACGUAUUCGCAACACUCACAAUCGCGAUAUGAGAUCGCACCGGGUGUAUUAGCGAUGCCGAAUAUGUCUCGGCCCUCGAUUCAUUCGGACGGAAACAGUACGAGCGACAGUGUCAAUUCUUUGAGCCAACAAAAUUUAAGUCAACGCUCGUGCGGCACUAGAGAAAGCUACGGCGAAUCGUUGGAUGAAGACGCUAGAGAAACCAUUGAACAGAAUCGUUUGAACGAUUUGCAUUCUUGUCGAUUGCGGUCAGGUCUUACCAUGGGAGAAAGAUCGGAGGGUUCGAUAGUUUACAAAAAAACUCUCCUCGCACAGUACAAAAGUCGUCGCGAAGUUAUUUACGGUGAACAAAGCGCUUUCGCGAGGGAAGAACGCUACGGUAUGUCGUCACAAGUUGAUUCGGACACCGAGCUCGAUGAAGCAAUUACAUUGCGAACAACAAACCGAGAGAAAAAAUGGAGAAUACGGCAAUGGAUGGAAAUAAUUUGGCGUACUCUUGUCACGUGGAUUUACAGUUUUUGGCAGUUCGUAAAUGUUAGAAUACUUCGAAGAAAAACUGCUACAACUAGUCACGAAUAUUAUCGUUAUCGAGAAUCUAAAUGGAAAAAAGCUUUGGAUCUGAUCGACCGUUUAAUGCAGUAUUUCUAUUUUUUAAUGGUGAGGAUACUGUAUUUAGACACUUGGCUUUUAAGUCGAGCGACAAGUGUUCGACAGCGUUCGAAAGGCAGACGAUCGGGAGUGAUAUGGCUCAUAUUUUUGCCGCCUCUCCUUUUAGCUGGAUUUUGGCUUUUCUCGAACACACUGAACUCUAUCAAACCUUUCUCCAUCACGGGAUUUCUGACUCAAGGAGUUUUCUCGCCGGAAUCAAAAAUUCUCAAGACCGUGGCAAACGAUCAAUCCGAUGGAGAGGAGCAUAAAAUUCUGAUGGAAUCUUUGCUUCGAAGAGUCGAAAAGUUGGAGUCUGCAGAAACGAGCAAAGUGCAAAACAUCGAAUACAUAAACCAAUCGAUGGACCAGUUACGAAAAGACAACACGACGAUAUGGGAGCAUUACGGUGAAAAACUGCACAGCAUUGAAGAAAAUCUGGACAAAAAAAGCGAGGAAAGUUCGAGCGAGAUACGAGCCAUAAAAUUGGAGCUGCAAAGUCUUCGAGAAUUGUACGGAACCUUAAAAACUUGUUGCGACCAAAGCGCAUCGACUUUGAGAAGCGAGCAAAUGGAGGAACAAGUGGAUCGAGCUGUUGCUGGAUAUUUUGGCGACGGAAUUUCGAAACAGGAAAUGAAUCGGAUCGUCGAAAGUUUGCUUAUUGCCAGCUCUGAAAAAAAAUCCGUCAAAACCGGAGAUGAAGCAGCCGUUCUCGACGAAAACGGUGGGGUUACUUGCUCAGGUUCUUCCUCGAUGUCUGAUGACGAUGUACGAAAAAUCGUUAACGCAGUGCUCAAAAUUUAUGAUGCUGAUAAAACCGGGAAGGUCGAUUACGCUCUUGAAUCUGCAGGUGGUCAAGUGAUAAGCACACGUUGUACGCAACGUUACAACGUGAACACGCGAGCCUUCAAACUUUUGGGUGUGACGUUGUUCUACGAGAGCAACAAUCCGCGUACAGUGAUUCAAGGAAAUUCGUUGCAACCAGGAGUGUGUUGGGCUUUCCAAGAUUUUCCAGGAUACCUGCUCAUUAAAUUAAGAAGUUUGAUAACAGUAACUGGAUUCACCUUGGAGCAUGUGCCGAGGUCGCUUCUACCAAACAGUGAAAUGAGGAGCGCGCCCCGAAAGUUCAACGUUUGGGGUUUGAAGGAUGAGAAUGACGUGAAACCGGUCAUGUUCGGUGAUUACGAAUUUCAGGAAUCGGAAGAAAGUCUCCAAUAUUUUCCUGUGCAGAACACCAAAAUCACCGAACCCUAUGAAUUCAUAGAGUUAAGAAUUGACAGCAAUCACGGUCAACUGGAAUACACGUGUUUGUACAGAUUCCGAGUUCAUGGAAUCCCCGCAUAGUGGAAUGCUUCAAAAGAAGUGAAAGAGCAGUCUGGAUGUAAAUUUUCCAUCAGGAAACAGGAUUAAACGGUAAAAUAACAUGACUAUGUUACUGUACCAUUGCCUACAAAAACGCAUCAAGUAAAGUUUUAAUAUAAAUGCAGAGUAAGCGUGAGUCUCGUUACUUUUUGUUAUUCUCGUGCGAUAUCGUUUGAAAGAAAUUUCUGAGAAUUCGUGUACUUUUUUUAACGCUUAUGAAUGUAAAAUAUACGUAAUUUGUAAAUCUUGUCAUAUUGGCAACAUAUCAACGAGCUCAAAAAGAACAAAACACAUUUGAUCUUUUUGGCUUCGAUGAAGUAGUUUUUUCAUUCUCAAGAAUCAAUAUUUUCAAUUUCAUUAAAAACAAACAAAA